CGAGCAAAAACCCCUUGAGAAUAAAAUGGCCUCCGCUACUCUGCUCCGCCUCUCGCUUCCGCCUUUCGCCGCCACGGUCUGCCUUCCUCCCCACCAACACCGCCGCCGCCUCUUGCCCCGUCCUCUCACACCCAACUCACCAAAUCUCUUCCAAACCCGAUCCCCGCCCAAGCCCCAACGCGCCGGAUCCCCAAUCUCCGCCUCCUACGGCCCGACGCCGGCCACCGACCGGCUAAUCUCCGCCGCGGCGUACUUCCUCCCGCUCUUCAACGGCCUCCAGUACGGCCGCUUCCUCCUGGCCCAAUACCCAACCCUAGCCAUCCCAUUCGACCCGAUCCUCCCGAUCCUCUCCCUCUACCGCUCCGUCCCUUUCGCCAGCUUCGUCUCCUUCUUCGCCAUCUACUUGGGAAUCGUCCGCAACCAGAGGUUUAGCCACUACGCCCGCUUCAACUCGCUCCAGGCGCUGGUGCUUGACAUCCUCCUGGUGGUGCCGCUUCUGGUUCAGCGGAUCUUCGCUCCGGGUCGGGCAGGAAUCGGGCUCAAGAUAACGAUAUGGAUGUAUAAUGGGCUUUUUGUGUUCGUAGUGGGCUGCUUUUUGUAUGGGCUUCUCGCCAGUGUUUUUGGGAAAACUCCUUACUUCCCCCUCGUAACCGAUGCUGCCAAGCACCAAAUGUAGGCCCGGGUGUAUUUUAUUCUCUUGUGUUUGUAAUGCAACUUUUUAUUUUUACUAAAAGUAGUACCUUUAUUUUCAACAACAAAACUAUUACCUUUUG